CAACAGUGCAAGCAUGGCUGAAUGUAAAGGUGUCACUAUCCCUGAAAGAGUACUGGCUGUCCUCCCCAGUGGCAUUACUUACCAUGCUUGUAAUCUUGAAAUUGAAUCCUUCAAUGAGAAUGAAGUUCAUUUUCGUACAACUCUGUGGCUGAAUCUGAGCACCAAAGAAGAAUUUGAAGAAUGGUUGCAAAGUUUUCAAGAGACUUCUCACGUGACUUGGCGGGUCAGGCGGACAGUUCCAACAGACGGAGUUAAAGUAUUGUUCAAGAAAUCCUAUCGUUGCCAGCACAAUACACUACCAGCGAAAGCCUCCACAAAUUCGAAACAACGUGUUGCAUCCAAGAAUACCAAUUGCAAGGCUGACAUGAUGGUGAAGAUCAGAGUGUCGAAAUUUGAAGUACACAAACGCAGCAGAAGCAAAGAUCACCCGGAUUAUCAGGCACAAAUUGUACUAAACAACAUGCAUAACCAUCCGGUUGAGUGUGCAGACGCUCUAAAGCAUAGAGAUGUAUCGGAAACCACUAAAGCAAUGCUGACUGACUUAUUUCAGCGAAAAUACGGGCCAACACAAGCAGUAGAAAUGCUGAAAUUCGACCUUCAAUUGAAGCACGGCGAUGACUACCAUGUGAAGGCAGCAGAUCGAGCUGUCUGUCCGGAUAUCCAGUUUGCCCACAGGUUGUAUCGCAAAGUUUUCAAAGAGGAGUAUGGGGAGUCUUGUGGAGAAGAUAUGCUGAACAGUCUCCGUGAGAGAAUCAACCAAUUCAAUGCAGAGGCAGGUUCGACAUGCAUGGCGAUGGAUGUCAAUGACAACCAGUUAGUUGUUGCCAUAUGUACACCCUUAAUGAAAAGAGUACAUGAGGAACUCAAGCAUUCUGGAGAGUUGGUGUUCAUGGACGCCUCGUCCAAUAUGGAUCGGCAUGGGUGCAACAUCUUCCUAAUGUUGACCCAUAGCUGUAUCGGAGGGAUACCCCUUGGUGUGCUGGUGACAACCUCUGAGUCUGAAGUUGUCAUCAAGGCAGCCCUGCAGCUCUACACCACCCUGCUCUCUGAUGACAGCUUUGGAGGGAAAGGUCUGCAAGGUCCAGCGGUCUUCAUGACUGACGAUUGUGCAGCUGAACAACAUGCCCUUCAACAGAUGUUCCCCUCAAGCACCAUUCUGCUCUGUGUUUUCCACGUUUUACAAGCGACGUGGAGGUGGCUCUGGGAUGCCAAAAAUGGUGUGCAGAAACAUCAAAGGCCAAACCAUCUACAGCACAUGAAGCGGCUCAUCUAUGCGGACACGGCCGAGCAGCUGGAGCAGCUGUAUCAGCAGAGCCUCCAGGAUCCUAGCAUCUCAGUGAAAUUCAAGAAGCAUCUAACGACUUACAUGACUCGAAAGAACAUGUGGGCUAUAUGCCUGCGCAAUGACCUUAAUAUUCGGGGCAACAACACGAAUAACUUCUGUGAAGCUGCAAUGAGGGUCCUCAAAGACAAAGUUCUAGAGCGCACCAAGGCAUUUAGUGUCCCACAGCUGGUGGAUUUUGUGUCCACAUUUCUCCAGGACCACUACUAUCAGCGCCUCAUUGAUGUAGCCAAUGGUCGGCUGGAGUAUGUGGUGACAUCAAGGUUCAUGCUUCCAGAUAGGACCAUCACCAAGGAAAACAUCGAGCAGGUUUCACCGAGCCAAUUCAAGGUUAAGAGCCAGUCAGGAGACACUAACUACCACGUGGACACCAUGAUCGGCCACUGCUCAUGCCCAGUUGGCAAAACAGGUGGCCCGUGCAAGCACCAGGCAGCUGUGGUCAAGCACUUCAAGAAGUCUUCCACGAAUUUUGUCCCUGUGAAUGACAUGAACAUGAGGCUUCAGUUGUACAAGAUUGCUACAGAUGAUCUCCUGGACAAGUUCCAUGCCAUGUGCGACGAUAUGGCGCAAAAGGCGAACAAAUAUCCAGACGUGUUCAAGCCUGCGAUGAAUGCCAUGGUGCAGGCGUACACAAACAUCAAGACAGAUGCAAGUCUUCUGUCUGCUAUGCACUGCUUCGGUAAAUCUGGAGUAGUUCUACGAAAGGGUGGCCGCAUGCGACGUACGGGCCAGAUCGGUGUUCAACCAACAGCAACGGCUCGUCGUCGUCCCCACAUGGGAAGAGGAGGCAAGCGGUUACAUUCUGGGCGACCUACUAAAUCUUCCCAUGUGGGGGAACAUGCCUAUGCUAAUGCUCAUAAUCAAAGUGCUUCUACAUCUGCAGUACUCCCGGUACCAAGCAGGCAAAGAAACCCUGCACCACACUGCCUUAGCCAUGCAGUUUCUCGGAAUAAAUCUCUGGGAAAGACCCAUAGUGCUAAGUGAAGAAACAAAAAACAAAGGCAAUGCAAUCGUAUAGCACCCAAUCGCAAGGUACAAAUGAGAAUUCUUUCAUCAACAUCCAGCCUAUAAUUGCACAAGAGUCUCUCAUUUAACUGUGGCGUUGCCCGUGACUUGUCUCCAAUCUUGAUACAAAUUUGAAAUUGAGGCACUGAUUAUAUAUGCUCAAAAUUAACAUGAAGGUAUUUGAAGGCAUGUUUUUGGAUGGUCCGUCGA